AUGGCCUUUUUCGGCGAUGGCAUCUACAAGUACAACGAACAAGACAAGACUGCGACCAAAUAUGGUACCGUAACUGACAGCAUCAUCAGAAUGGCUGUUGAUACUGAACAUGCUAACGUAUAUUACUUGACCUCAGACUACGUUAUGUACAAAUAUGACGAAGAUGAGAAAAUGUUCACUAAAGUUGAAGCAGUUAAGGACGCUAGAGACAUGGUUAUCGACUGGGAUGGAAUCAUGUUUUUCUACGACGGCGACCACCAGUUCUACACUUACAACGGCCAGCGUGUCCUUAAAAUCGAAGGUCUCCCCGCUCAUCCCGCUAAAGUAGCUCUCGUCAGGCCUCCAGUUUUGAUCAACCAGGUUUACGCUGUUGUUGACGGCCGUCUUUAUGAGCUGAACGUGAACGGCACCAGCGAGAAGGGGGCAAUUAAGUUCCAGUCGGAACCGACCGCCUAUGCCCCAGACACUAUUGUGUACCAAUACUAUGCGUACAAGCAGAAGAUUUACUUCUACAACUUGGCUACUGUGUUCGCUGACAAGAACGCUGAAGAACUGAUUAAGUUCUUCGAAGAUAAGCAGGAACAGAUAAACGCUUUCAAGAACACGAAGAUCUCUAGCCGUUUGUAAUUUGUUUCGA